UCGGAAACACGUCGCAACUACCGGAAACCUUUUUAGGCAGCACGUGUGUAGCAGUUUUUCCCCUUGCAAAGCACGCUGCAAACAGCAAGCAAACCUUUUGUUUAAUAUUAUUUGUUUAAUCGAAAACAUGACAAAGGUAAAGAAGGAAAAGGCCAUCAAGGAGGAGGCUGGAGCGACGGAGACCGGAGUGACAGAGAAAUCAUAUCUAGAGUUGAUCGCAAACGUUAACCCAAUCGCGAAUCCACUGGCCACCAAGAAGCUAAGCAAGAAACUUUACAAAUGUGUAAAAAAGGCAUCCAAGCUCAAACAAAUUCGCAGAGGAGUGAAAGAAGUCCAGAAGUUCAUCAACAAAGGAGAAACUGGCAUUGUGGUGUUGGCUGGGGAUACUCUUCCAAUCGAUGUUUACUGCCAUCUACCAGUCAUGUGUGAGGACAGGAGUUUGCCAUAUGCCUACAUUCCCUCAAAAGUGGACCUUGGUUCGUCUGCUGGCUCAAAGCGGCCCACCUGCGUCAUCAUGAUCAAAUCUCAUGAGGACUAUAAGGAGGCCUAUGAUGAGUGUUUCGAUGAGGUUUCUGCCCUGCCUAAACCCCUCUGAACCAUGUCACUGGCUAGUGGACUCAGAUGGACAGGCAAACCCCUAUGGUAUCUGAGAAUGUCUGGCUGUAGGCAGAAUUAACGAGGGAGUGAAAUGGACUUUCAUACUUAAGCCAAGCUACAGGGUGUUGUAGUAUAUCUCUCUGUGUAUGUUGAACCGGGAAUAUCAUACACUAGCAGUGAUCCCCGUAAAAUGUCAACAGGGCAUAAGGUAGAUGACACCCCCAUUCUUUUGGUGUUAAGUAUAUGCAGUCUUAACUGUAGCUGGACAUAACUUUAUUUUCCUCAUUCUGUGGGAGCCAUGCAUUGUCUACGGCCAAGUACAUUUGGAAAAAUCUAGUGUGUAACUGUUGUGAUUUAAAUGUCGUCGCUACUAUGGCUUGCACAGAUAAUAUGCUGAGGUUAUCUAGUGUGUACUUUUUUGUUCGCUUGAACAGACAGUUCUAAUUGAGUGACCACAUGGGACUACAUGCUCAGUUAAACAUGAAAGCAUUUCUUGCAAUCCCAUUCUCAUUGCAGUUGUAAACUACUGUGUCAUAUCUCCUACUUUGACAUUUGGUAGGUAAAGUUUGAUUCAUUGUUUGUCUUGUGUUUUUUACAGGCAUAUAGACAUUACCCUUUGCAUAAAGGUUAUUUAGAUUAUUUUAAGGUACAUUAGUAUGUGAUGCAAUGCUGUAUUGAUGCAAUAAAUACUUGUUUCUUUUGUAAA